CGAGAACUUAGAUUUGUGGAUAGAUGUAUUGUGUUUUGGAAUGUUUGAAUCCCUUUUUAAUUUUUUGGGUGGAGGGAUCACCGCAGCUCAUGUCGACGGCAUACGCAGAUGAUGAAGGUGAAGAGGAGGAAGAAGAAGAAGAUGCAAAUGAAGCAGUUGUCUUUGAGGGAGAGUCAGGAAUUUCGUUGUCCGAUCUCUUCCUUUCUAAUUCUGGGUCAUCAACCCUCGCAGACCUCUCUCCUACGCCUGGCUCACGCGCUCUUCUCUGGGGACCUCCAGCAUGUGGUAAGACUUCAUUACUGCUGCAAUUUGCUUACAAUUGUGCCAAGCAGGACUCUUCUUCCUUUGUAACCUUCCUCUGCAAACCUCACUCUUUUGAUGAGAAUCCUCCAUGUUUGUCUCAGGGUGUUGAUCCGGAAUCGGAUGCAUUUGCAAGAAUCACCAUAAAAUAUAUACGUGAUGAUGAGGAACUUCGAAAAUAUUUUGCUGCCUUUCAUGUUCAAAGAAAUUUUCCAAGAGCUGUUAUUAUUGACGACUUCCAUGACUUGUUUAAUGAAAGGCCCUGUGCUGAACGAUUUGGACACAUACGCCCCCGAGAGUCAGCAAUGGUGAAGACAUUGGCUCUUUGUUAUGACGCCAUCAGCUACGUCAAUGAAAAUGCAGGGAGAACUUCAGCUCAAUGCCAUUUGUUGAUCUCAGACUCACAUGUUGGAGAAGCACCACGGUUGCGUUUCAUUUAUCAAAGAUGGUUGCCUCAGAUCUUGGCUAUUAAAGCAUUGGAUGACUCUACAUUCUAUCUGUCACUUAGUAGAGAUGAGGAUAGUGGUACGAACAAGGUUAUGAGGGCGAAAUACACUUUGCUUCAGGGGCGAUUGCAACUUGAUAGUAUUCAAGUCCACAGCAAAUGUCCUCAGUAGUUUACUCCAUCAAUCACAAACACAGCAAUCAUUUGCAAUGGAAGUUUCCUAUGUAUCCAUUGCCACUUGGAGCCAUAGGCACUACUGCUUAAAUAGGAGUUUCGGCAUUCUAUUCAUAGAUCAGAUUGAUAUCUAAGCAAUUCCUGCGCAGAUACUCAGAUUGAGCUACCAUGGUGCUUAUUCUAAUGUUGAGCUUGAUAAUUGUACAAAUAUGUGCAACCAGGGUUCUCACUGAAA